AUGAUAUUUUUGAAGACAUUGACAACUCAUAGCAGAUAUGGUCUUAAACUCUGUACUUUCAAAUCUAUUCAAGUGAUCUCACGAUAUGAAAGCAGCGGACAAUCAAUUAUUAACGACUCGUUUGUUCACCGAUUAUCACUAAAGACGUGCCAAAGUCUGUAUGAUAGUAAAUAUGGACGUAAUAAGUGGUAUUUGAGAGGAUCACCUAAAUCUGGUCUCAAUGUAAAUGUCGAGUACGUGGACACCAAACCCAAUGAUCGCACUGGAAGUGCAACUCUGGUUGCACUUCAUGGUUGUCCCGGCAGUUAUAUAGACUACACUAAACUUAUUGAAAACUUUGGACAACAUUACAGAGUAAUUAUUCCCAAUUUUCCCGAUUUUUCGCUAACCAACGAAACCAAUCAUUUCUGGCAUUCAGGCGAAGAAAAAUCAGUAUUUGUGACGGAUUUCUUGCAGAAGUUAAAUGUCCAGCAAAUAGAUUGUCUUAUAUGUCACUCUUCGUCAAUAUUUGCCGCAUCUUAUCUGUGGUCAAAAGAUAAUCAAUAUUUCAAUCAAAUAGAUAUAAAAACAUUAUGUCUUUUGUCAAAUCCCGGUCCGAAGUGGUUCACAAUAAAGGGUCGAUUGGUUUCCAUGUUUUUCACUCAUUUAUCGCGUUUACGACUUAUUAGACAAUAUUUAAGAAGUAUUUGGUCGCGAAAAAUGACAAAACGUUUGGGUUUUAGUAAUCAAAUUGAAGACUACGAUCGCUUAGCUCUUCUUUUAUCGACUUAUUAUUUGUCUCAAACACAAACUGUCACUAAAAGACUUAAAAAAUUAAUUGAAUUGAAAAUUCCGACACUUUUUAUCUUUAGUUCAAAAGACAAACUUUUUAAUAAAGAAAUAUUUUAUAAUUUAUUUGGAAUUUUAGAGACCGAUGGAAAUGACUUUGAUAUCUAUGAAGAACAUCAAAAUAUUUUAAUUCAAAAGGCAAGAGAAGACAAUUGGAUUAAAGUUAUUGACAUUAGAAGUGGUGGUCAUUACGUGUUUGUCACUCACCAUAAGUUAGUCCAUCAAUAUAUUGAACAACUACUUGAAAAAGUUAAAUAA